GUAAAAAAUAAUAUUUUAUAGCUUAAAAUAUUCAUAAUUAUUAAUUUAUAGAUAAAUAGUAUAAUAAUGACUCAACAAACCGAAAAUAUAACGCUCAAAAGUUUUUUUAUAUACAAUUCGACAUUUGGCCCUAAUGAAGGAGAGGAAGAGAAGAAAAUUUUGUAUUAUUAUCCAAAUAACGUUAAUUUAGAAACUCAGAUCAAAGAUGUUGGACUCAGUGAAGCAAUUGUUAAAUUUACAAACACAUUUACCCCAGAUGAGAGUUGUGAAUCCUUGCACACACAAAAAACGAGGCAAAUAUUUUUUCAACCAGAAAAAGAUUUCUGGAUGAUCAUGACUGUGAAUGUGCCACAUGUGUUUAUUACGAAAGAAAGCGUAACAUAUUGUGAAUAUCAUGGAGAUGAAGUACAAGAUUCUGUUUUACAAGCUGUCUUGAAACAAUCGUAUGAAACAUAUAAAUUGUUUAGAGGUUCAUUUCUCAGGAGCCUGUGUAAAGGUGUACAUUCUCAAGACACCAGCAUUCUUAAAUUAGAACUAAAUAAGUUCUUUUCUAAAUAUCUUCUUACAUUAAAACUUCCUUAUUGUGAUGUACUGGAUAUAAUGCAAGGAAUGCAGUUAAUGCCUUUAGAUGCAUUGAGUUUUCUGAAAGUUCAAACAUUUGUCAAUUUAUUGGAGGCAACAUUCCCGAUAAUUCAAAAAACAAGUUUUCUAUAUAAUGAGCUGCUCGUAUGGAGCGGUAUAGAAUCAUGUGAUAUGCAGAUAAUAUACACUUACCUAUUAAAUUCACAUAUUUUACCAGCACAAUUGGAACACGAAUUACAGAAAUGUUUUAUUACACAAUCAAAUGAUGCAAGAAACUCUAGUUCACAUUUGGGACAAUUUGUUAAUGUUUCUUUGAUUAAUGGUGGUUUGGAAUCAAACGAGUGUGGAGAAAGAUUUACAAUAAUUAACUUGAUCGAUGGAGAUGAAUAUAAACUGCUAGUUUACAAACUUAACUGUUGUACAGUCUGUCUAUUCAUUGAUGCAUGCCAAUCCAUUAAUCAGAGUUCAUUGGAUGAAUUAAAAUCGUUCAUGGGAGUGAGAUUGAUGGCAAUAACUUCAGAUAUUGCUAAUAAAUGCUUAGAAACAGAAUCUCGAAAUCAGCAAACAAAUUCGAAUUCAAUAGAAAAUGAACCUAAGUAUUUGUUUUAUAAUGAUAUUGAAAAAGCCUAUAAAUCUACAUUACAUAAAGAUUGUCGAAAAAUGGGAAACUUAUCAGUAUCUCAAGAAGCCAUGAAACUUAUAGCAGAUAUGCAUGGAGAAAUUGAUUACAUAAGCAAAGAAACGAUUUUAAAAACUUCAAAUGAUCAUUGGGUAAUUGGGAAUUUUUCUAAUCAUCGCCACUUUUAUGUUGUUUUGCACCAAAAAAAUACAAAUUUAAUAGAAAUAAGCAGUGAAUUCAGACGUAUAUGUGAUAAAGAGCUGAAAUAUAUAUACUUCCAGAAGCUUUAAUUAAAAAAUAAAUAU